AGCCGCUGGGCCCGGGCCUGCGCUGACCGCCUUUGGCGCGCGUCUCAGGCUGUCUUUUCAUUUCCAAGUGAUUAUUGUUUUGGAUUUUUCUGCAGAUGUGAAUUUUGAUUAAUUUAUUUCACGCAUCAGUUGCUGGUCUGAGGUUUCUCGACUGGGAGGAACUCGGGAAAGAUGCCUUCUGAGUCUUUUUGUUUGGCUGCUCAGGCUCGACUUGACUCCAAAUGGUUGAAAACAGAUAUACAGCUUGCAUUCACAAGAGAUGGACUUUGUGGUCUGUGGAAUGAAAUGGUUAAAGAUGGAGAAAUUGUAUAUACUGGGACAGAACUAUCACAGAAUGGAGAACUUCCUCCUAGAAAAGAUGAUGGUGUUGAUACUCAGAUUGGAACAAAGAAAGAAGAUCUGAAUGACAGAGAGAAAAAAGAAGAGGAAGAAACUCCUGCACCUGUGUAUCGGGCCAAGUCAAUCCUAGAGAGCUGGGUAUGGGGCAAGCAACCAGAUGUGAAUGAAUUGAAGGAGUGUCUUUCUGUGUUGGUUAAAGAGCAGCAAGCUCUGGCCAUCCAGUCAGCGACCACCACCCUUUCAGCUCUGAGACUCAAGCAGAGGCUCAUUGUUUUGGAACGAUAUUUCAUUGCCUUGAAUAGAACUGUUUUCCAGGAGAAUGUCAAAGUUAAGUGGAAAAGCAGCAACAUUUCUUUGCCUCCUGCAGACAAAAAAAGUUCCCGGCCUGCAGGCAAAGGCGUGGAAGGCCUGGCAAGAGUGGGGUCCAGGGCAGCUCUCUCCUUCGCCUUUGCAUUUCUGCGUAGGGCCUGGCGCUCAGGGGAGGACGCGGACCUCUGCAGUGAGCUGUUGCAGGAGUCUCUGGAUGCUCUGAGAGCCCUGCCCGAGGCCUCCCUCUUUGAUGAGAGCACCGUAUCCUCUGUGUGGCUGGAGGUGGUAGAAAGAGCAACCCGGUUCCUCAGGUCCGUCGUGACUGGGGAUGUUCAUGGAACGCCUGCAACCAAAGGGCCGGGAAGCAUCCCCCUGCAGGACCAGCACCUGGCCCUGGCCAUCCUGCUAGAACUGGCUGUGCAGAGAGGCGCGCUGAGUCAAAUGUUAUCUGCUAUCCUGUUGUUACUUCAACUGUGGGACAGUGGGACGCAGGAAACUGACAAUGAGCGGUCUGCCCAGGGCACCAGCGCCCCGCUGCUGCCUUUGCUGCAGAGAUUCCGGAGUAUCGUCUGCAGUAAAGAUGCCCCCUAUGCCGAGGGUGACAUUCAUCUUCUGUCUGGCCCUCUGAGCCCCAACGAGAGUUUCCUGAGGUACCUUACUCUCCCACAAGACAACGAGCUUGCUAUAGACUUACGACAGACUGCAGUUGUUGUCAUGGCGCACUUAGACCGCCUGGCCACCCCUUGUAUGCCACCCCUCUGUAGCUCUCCGACAUCUCAUAAAGGAUCAUUACAAGAAGUCAUAGGAUGGGGGUUAAUAGGAUGGAAAUACUAUGCCAAUGUGAUCGGUCCCAUUCAAUGUGAAGGCCUUGCCAACCUGGGGGUCAUGCAGAUCGCCUGUGCAGAGAAGCGCUUCCUGAUUUUGUCGAGGAAUGGCCGUGUAUACACGCAAGCCUACAACAGUGACACUCUUGCCCCACAGUUGGUCCAGGGGCUUGCUUCCAGAAACAUUGUAAAAAUUGCUGCCCAUUCAGACGGUCACCACUACCUGGCCUUGGCAGCCACUGGAGAGGUGUACUCCUGGGGCUGCGGGGACGGCGGACGCCUGGGCCAUGGAGACACCGUGCCUCUUGAGGAACCUAAGGUGAUCUCUGCUUUCUCUGGAAAGCAGGCCGGGAAGCACGUGGUGCACAUUGCGUGUGGGAGCACGUACAGCGCGGCCAUCACAGCUGAAGGGGAGCUCUACACCUGGGGCAGGGGGAACUAUGGCCGACUGGGCCACGGCUCCAGUGAAGAUGAGGCCAUCCCCAUGCUGGUUGCUGGGCUCAAAGGACUGAAGGUCAUUGAUGUGGCGUGUGGAAGUGGUGAUGCUCAGACCCUGGCCGUGACAGAGAAUGGUCAAGUGUGGUCCUGGGGAGAUGGUGACUAUGGGAAAUUGGGCAGAGGUGGUAGUGAUGGCUGCAAAACGCCAAAGCUGAUUGAAAAGCUACAAGACUUGGAUGUUGUCAAAGUCCGAUGUGGAAGUCAAUUUUCUAUUGCCUUGACAAAAGAUGGCCAAGUCUAUUCAUGGGGAAAAGGUGACAACCAGAGACUUGGGCAUGGAACAGAGGAACAUGUCCGUUAUCCCAAACUCUUGGAAGGAUUGCAAGGGAAGAAGGUGAUUGAUGUGGCUGCAGGGUCCACCCACUGCCUGGCCCUGACUGAGGACAGUGAGGUCCACAGCUGGGGGAGCAAUGACCAGUGCCAGCACUUUGACACCUUGCGUGUGACCAAGCCAGAACCCUCUGCACUGCCUGGACUGGACACCAAACAUAUAGUCGGGAUUGCCUGUGGGCCGGCCCAGAGUUUUGCUUGGUCUUCCUGUUCUGAGUGGUCCAUUGGCCUUCGUGUCCCUUUUGUGGUGGACAUCUGCUCAGUGACUUUUGAGCAGUUAGAUCUCCUACUUCGGCAAGUGAGUGAGGGGAUGGAUGGCACUGCUGACUGGCCCCCGCCUCAAGAGAAAGAGUGCAUGACAGUGGCAACACUCAAUCUUCUACGACUUCAGUUGCAUGCUGCCAUUAGUCACCAGGUUGACCCAGAAUUCCUUGGUUUAGGUCUGGGCAGCGGCCUCCUCAGCAGCCUGAAGCAGACCGUGGUGGCCCUGGCCAGCAGCGCGGGCGUGUUGAGCACUGUGCAGGCGGCCGCCCAGGCUGUGUUGCAGAGCGGGUGGUCCGUGCUGCUGCCCACGGCUGAGGAGCGGGCACGGGCACUCUCUGCCCUCCUCCCCUGUGCAGUUUCAGGUAAUGAAGUUAACAUAAGUCCAGGUCGUCGAUUCAUGAUUGAUCUUCUCGUGGGCAGCUUAAUGGCUGAUGGAGGCUUAGAGUCAGCCUUAAAUGCAGCCAUCACUGCAGAAAUCCAGGAUAUUGAAGCCAAAAAAGAAGCACAGAAGGAAAAAGAAAUUGAUGAACAGGAAGCAAAUGCCUCGACAUUUCAUAGAAGUAGGACUCCGUUGGAUAAAGAUCUUAUUAAUACGGGAAUCUAUGAAUCUUCUGGAAAACAGUGCUUGCCUCUGGUUCAGCUUAUUCAGCAGCUUCUUAGAAACAUUGCUUCUCAGACAGUAGCCAGAUUGAAAGAUGUUGCCCGUCGGAUAUCAUCAUGUCUAGACUUUGAGCAACAUAGUCGUGAAAGAUCUGCUUCAUUGGAUUUGUUGCUGCGUUUUCAGCGCUUACUUAUCAGUAAACUUUAUCCAGGAGACAGUGCUGGUCAGACUUCAGAAAUUUCUAGUCCUGAACUGAUGGGGGUCGGGUCCUUGCUGAAGAAGUACACGGCCCUGCUGUGCACACACAUUGGGGACAUACUGCCUGUGGCGGCCAGCGUUGCUUCCACUAGCUGGCGGCACUUUGCAGAGGUGGCCUGCAUUGUGGAAGGGGACUUCACUGGUAUUCUCCUUCCAGAACUAGUAGUCUCUGUAGUGCUUCUGCUCAGUAAAAAUGCUGGCCUCAUGCAGGAGGCUGGAGCUGUGCCUUUACUGGGUGGCUUGCUCGAGCAUCUGGAUCGGUUCAACCACUUGGCACCAGGAAAGGAGAGGGAUGACCUUGAAGAGUUAGCCUGGCCUGGCAUCAUGGAGUCAUUUUUUACAGGUCAGAACUGUAGAAAUAAUGAGGAAGUGACACUUAUACGCAAAGCUGAUUUGGAGAACCACAAUAAAGAUGGAGGCUUCUGGACUGUGAUUGAUGGAAAAGUGUAUGAUAUAAAGGACUUCCAGACGCAGUCAUUAACAGGAAAUAGUAUUCUUGCUCAGUUUGUAGGGGAAGACCCAGUGGUGGCUUUGGAAGCUGCUUUGCAGUUUGAAGACACACGGGAAUCAAUGCAUGCUUUCUGUGUUGGUCAGUAUCUGGAGCCUGACCAAGAAGUUGUUACCAUACCAGAUUUGGGAAGUCUGUCUUCACCCCUUAUAGACACUGAGAGGAAUCUGGGCCUGCUCCUUGGAUUACAUGCUUCCUAUUUAGCUAUGAGCACACCACUGUCUCCAGUUGAGGUCGAAUGUGCCAAGUGGCUUCAGUCAUCCAUCUUCUCCGGUGGCCUGCAGACUAGCCAGAUCCACUACAGCUACAAUGAGGAGAAAGACGAGGACCACUGUAGCUCUCCUGGGGGCACUCCUGCCACCAAGUCGCGGCUCUGCUCCCACAGACAGGCCCUGGGGGACCACGCCCAGGCAUUCCUGCAAGCCAUCGCUGACAAUAACAUUCAGGAUCACAACGUGAAGGACUUUCUGUGUCAGAUUGAAAGAUACUGUAGGCAGUGCCACUUGACCACACCCAUCACCUUUCCUCCUGAGCAUCCUGUGGAGGAGGUUGGCCGCUUACUGUUAUGUUGCCUCUUAAAACAUGAAGAUUUAGGUCACGUGGCAUUAUCUUUAGUUCAUGCAGGUACACUUGGUAUUGAGCAAGUAAAGCAUAGAACAUUGCCUAAAUCAGUGGUGGAUGUUUGUAGAGUUGUCUAUCAAGCAAAAUGCUCACUCAUUAAGACACAUCAAGAACAGGGCCGUUCUUACAAGGAGGUCUGUGCCCCUGUCAUUGAACGAUUGAGGUUCCUCUUUAAUGAACUGAGACCUGCAGUUUGUAAUGACCUCUCUAUAAUGUCCAAAUUUAAACUGUUAAGUUCUUUGCCCCGUUGGAAGAGGAUAGCUCAGAAGAUAAUUCGAGAACGAAGGAAGAAGAGAGUUCCUAAGAAGCCAGAAUCUACUGAUGAAGAAGAAAAAAUUGGAAAUGGAGAGAGCGAUUUAGAAGAAGCUUGCAUUUUGCCUCACAGUCCUAUAAAUGUGGACAAAAGACCCAUUACAAUUAAAUCACCCAAGGAUAAAUGGCAGCCCCUGUUGAGUACAGUUACAGGUGUUCACAAAUACAAAUGGUUGAAGCAGAAUGUUCAGGGUUUGUAUCCUCAGUCUGCACUCCUCAGUACAAUUGCUGAAUUUGCCCUUAAAGAAGAGCCUGUGGAUGUGGAAAAAAUGAGAAAAUGCCUACUAAAACAGUUGGAGAGAGCAGAAGUUCGCCUGGAAGGGAUAGAUACAAUUUUAAAACUGGCAGCCAAAAAUUUCUUACUUCCAUCUGUGCAGUAUGCUAUGUUCUGUGGAUGGCAAAGACUUAUUCCGGAAGGGGUUGAUAUAGGGGAACCCCUUACAGAUUGUUUAAAGGAUGUUGAUUUGAUCCCACCUUUUAAUCGGAUGCUGCUUGAAGUAACUUUUGGCAAGCUGUAUACUUGGGCUGUUCAGAAUAUUCGAAAUGUUUUGAUAGAUGCAAAUGCCAAAUUUAAAGAACUUGGUAUCCAGCCUGUCCCCUUGCAAACCAUUACAAACGAGAACCCAUCAGGACCAAGCCUGGGGACAACCCCACAAGCUCGCUUUCUCCUGGUAAUGCUCAGCAUGCUCACCCUGCAGCACGGUGCCCACAACCUGAGCCUUCUACUGAAUUCCGGCACGCUCGCUCUCACACAGACGGCACUUCGUCUCAUUGGCCCUAGUUGUGAUAAUGUUGAAGAAGACAUGAAUGCUUCUGCCCGAGGAGCUUCUGCUACAGUUUUGGAAGAGACGCGGAAGGAAACAGCCCCGGUACAGCUGCCAGUUUCAGGGCCAGAGUUGGCCGCCAUGAUGAAGAUUGGAACCAGGGUCAUGAGAGGCGUGGACUGGAAAUGGGGUGAUCAGGACGGACCCCCUCCCGGCCUGGGCCGUGUGAUCGGUGAGCUUGGGGAGGACGGCUGGAUCCGGGUGCAGUGGGACACCGGCAGCACCAACUCUUACAGAAUGGGGAAGGAGGGCAAGUACGACCUGAAGCUGGCGGAGCCCCCGGUCUCUGCACCGCCGUCCGCGGAGGACUCGGACACGGAGGACGGCUCCGAAGCUGAACAAAUUGAAAGGAAUAUUCACCCCACUGCAAUGAUGCUUACCAGCACUGUUAAUUUACUGCAAACUCUUUGUCUUUCUGCUGGAGUCCAUGCUGAAGUUAUGCAGAGCGAAGCCACAAAGACCCUCUGUGGGCUGCUACGAAUGUUGGUGGAGAGUGGAACAACAGACAAGACAUCCUCCCCCAGCAGGCUGGUGUGCAGGGAGCAGCACCGGAGCUGGUGCACCCUGGGCUUCGUGCGCAGCAUCGCCCUCACCCCGCACAUGUGCGCGGCCCUCAGCUCCCCGCCCUGGAUCUCGCUGCUCGUGAGGGUCGUGGAGGGACACUCACCGUUCACCGCUGCCUCCCUGCAGCGCCAGAUCUUAGCUGUGCAUUUACUGCAAGCAGUGCUGCCGUCAUGGGACAAGACAGAGCGGGCCAGGGACAUGGAGUGCCUUGUGGAAAAGCUCUUCGGUUUCCUGGGCAGCUUGCUCACCACCUGCUCUUCAGAUGUCCCGUUCCUCAGAGAGUCUGCUCUGAGGAGGCGGAGGGCCCGCCCGCAGGCUUCCCUGACCGCUACGCACAGCAGCACGCUGGCAGAGGAGGUGGUGGCGCUGCUCCGCACCCUGCACGCCCUGGGCCAGUGGAAUGGCCUCAUCAACAAGUACAUCAACUCCCAGCUCCACUCGGUCACGCGAAGCUGUGCGGGAAAGCCGGCCGAAGGGGCCCUGUUAGAUGACUGCUUUCCUGAUGGCGAGAGCCCAGAGGUGGGCAGCCUCAUGGCAGUGCUGGCGGUCAUUGGCGGCAUUGAUGGCCGGGUGCGGCUCGGGGGACAAGUCCUGCAUGAUGACUUUGGAGAAGGCACGGUGACUCGCAUCACUCCGAAGGGCAGAAUCACUGUGCAGUUCUGUGACCUGCGAACCUGUCGUGUUUGCCCGCUGAAUCAGCUGAAGCCACUUCCCGCCGCAGCGUUCAGUGUCACCAACCUGCCCUUCACAGAGCCCAUGCUCUCGGUCUGGGCUCAGUUGGUGAACCUCGCUGGAAGCAAAUUGGAAAAGCACAAAAUAAAGAAAUCACCUAAACAGGGUUUUGCAGGACAAGUAGACUUGGACCUGCUGAGGUGCCAGCAGUUAAAGCUGUAUAUUCUGAAGGCGGGCCGCGCUCUGCUUUCCCACCAGGACCAGCUCAGGCAGAUCUUGUCUCAGCCCGCUGUUCAGGAGGCUGCAGCUGCCCAUUCAGAUGACGGAGCGGCCGUGUCCCCUGACCUUGGGGACCUGUCUCCUGAGGGGCCGCAGCCCCCCGUGACCCUCGUGCAGCAGCUGCUGGCCUCGGCCACCCAGCCGUCUCCCGUGAAGGCCAUAUUCGACAAGCAGGAGCUUGAGGCUGCCGCCUUGGCUGUGUGUCAGUGUCUGGCUGUGGAGUCUGCCCACCCACUGAGCCCUGCGUUUGAAGACUGCGGCUCCAGUGAGGCCACGACCCCUGUCACUGUGCAGCAUAUUCGCCCAGGCAGAGCGAGGAAGCACAAGCAGUCUCCGGGUCCUGUUCUGCCCAUUGUAGUUCAGCUCAUGGAGAUGGGAUUUCCUAGAAGAAACAUAGAGUUUGCUCUCAAGUCACUCACUGGUGCCUCUGGGAAUGCUUCUGGCUUGCCAGGCGUGGAAGCCUUGGUUGGGUGGCUGCUGGACCAUGCUGAUGUGCAGGUCACGGACCUCUCGGAUGCAGACACAGGGUCUGAGGAAUGUUCAGACGAGGAGGUGAUGGAGGAUGUGGAUGACACGGCCUAUGCUAUGUCCACUGGUGCUGUUGUAACAGAGAGCCAGACUUAUAAAAAGCGAGCUGAUUUCUUAAGUAAUGAUGACUAUGCUGUGUAUGUGAGAGAGAAUAUUCAGGUGAGUAAUGGUGUUGGGCUAGAACCUUGAUUGCUUAGGUUUUCAUUCAGCAGAUGUUUGAGCAUCUCAGAAAAGGUGUGUGAAGGAGAUGUGGGCAAAGUCAUCAAAUUGGAUAGGGAUGGAUUACAUGACCUCAAUGUGCAGUGUGAUUGGCAGCAGAAAGGAGGCACUUACUGGGUUAGGUAUAUUCAUGUGGAACUUAUAGGCUAUCCUCCACCAAGUUCUCCUUCUCACAUCAAAAUUGGUGAUAAAGUUCGUGUCAAAGCCUCAGUCACAACACCGAAGUACAAGUGGGGAUCUGUGACUCAUCAAAGUGUGGGGGUUGUGAAAGCUUUCAGUGCCAAUGGAAAAGAUGUUAUUGUCGACUUUCCUCAGCAGUCUCACUGGACUGGGCUGUUAUCAGAAAUGGAGCUGGUACCUAGUGUUCACCCUGGUGUUACGUGUGAUGGCUGUCAGAUGUUUCCUAUCAAUGGAUCUAGAUUCAAAUGCAGAAACUGUGAUGACUUUGAUUUUUGUGAAGCUUGCUUCAAAACCAGAAAACACAACACCAGGCAUACAUUUGGCAGAAUAAAUGAACCAGGACAGUCUGCAAUAUUUUGUGGCCGUUCUGGAAAACAGCUGAAACGCUGUCACAGCAGUCAGCCAGGAAUGCUGCUGGAUAGCUGGGCACGGAUGGUGAAGAGUCUAAACGUGUCGUCCUCUGUGAACCAAGCUUCUCGUCUUAUUGAUGGCAGUGAGCCCUGCUGGCAGUCCUCUGGUUCACAAGGAAAGCAUUGGAUUCGUUUGGAGAUUUUCCCAGAUGUUCUUGUUCAUAGAUUAAAAAUGAUUGUAGAUCCUGCUGACAGUAGCUACAUGCCUUCCCUCGUGGUCGUGUCAGGUGGAAAUUCACUGAAUAACCUAAUUGAAUUAAAGACAAUCAACAUCAAUCCCACCGACACCACAGUGUCUCUUCUGAAUGACUGCACAGAGUAUCACAGGUAUAUUGAAAUUGCGAUAAAGCAGUGCAGAAGCUCAGGAAUUGAUUGUAAAAUCCAUGGUCUCAUCCUGCUGGGACGGAUACGUGCAGAGGAGGAAGAUUUGGCUGCAGUUCCUUUCUUAGCUUCAGAUAAUGAAGAAGAAGAAGAUGAAAAAGGCAACAGUGGGAGCCUUAUUAGAAAGAAGGCAGCAGGUCUGGAAUCAGCAGCUACAAUAAGAACCAAAGUGUUUGUGUGGGGCCUGAACGACAAGGACCAGCUGGGAGGUCUGAAGGGUUCCAAGAUAAAAGUUCCGUCAUUCUCUGAGACCCUGUCUGCUUUGAAUGUAGUACAGGUGGCUGGUGGUUCUAAAAGUUUGUUUGCAGUGACAGUGGAAGGAAAAGUGUAUGCCUGUGGAGAAGCCACGAAUGGCCGGCUGGGGCUGGGCAUCUCCAGUGGGACUGUGCCCAUCCCGCGACAGAUCACAGCUCUCAGCAGUUACGUGGUCAAGAAGGUGGCUGUUCACUCAGGUGGACGGCACGCUACUGCUUUAACUGUCGAUGGCAAAGUGUUUUCCUGGGGUGAAGGUGAUGAUGGCAAACUUGGACACUUCAGUAGAAUGAACUGUGACAAGCCACGGCUGAUAGAGGCCCUGAAGACCAAGCGAAUCCGGGACAUUGCCUGUGGGAGCUCGCACAGUGCGGCGCUCACGUCCAGCGGUGAACUGUACACCUGGGGUCUUGGAGAGUAUGGCCGCUUGGGACAUGGGGAUAACACAACACAGCUCAAGCCCAAAAUGGUGAAAGUCCUUCUUGGUCACAGAGUAAUCCAAGUGGCAUGUGGAAGUAGAGAUGCACAGACCCUGGCUCUGACUGAUGAAGGUUUGGUAUUUUCCUGGGGUGAUGGUGACUUUGGAAAAUUGGGCCGGGGAGGAAGUGAAGGCUGUAACAUCCCCCAGAACAUUGAGAGACUUAAUGGACAAGGGGUGUGCCAGAUCGAAUGUGGAGCACAGUUCUCCCUGGCCCUCACCAAGUCGGGUGUAGUUUGGACAUGGGGGAAGGGGGACUAUUUCAGACUGGGCCAUGGCUCGGAUGUGCAUGUACGGAAACCACAGGUAGUGGAAGGUCUGCGAGGGAAGAAGAUUGUGCAUGUGGCUGUUGGGGCCCUGCACUGCUUGGCGGUCACUGAUGCAGGACAGGUAUACGCUUGGGGUGACAAUGACCAUGGCCAGCAGGGCAAUGGCACAACCACAGUUAAUAGGAAGCCCACACUUGUGCAAGGCUUAGAAGGCCAGAAGAUCACACGAGUAGCUUGCGGGUCUUCUCACAGUGUGGCAUGGACAACCGUUGAUGUGGCAACACCCUCUGUUCAUGAGCCUGUCCUCUUCCAGACUGCAAGAGACCCUUUAGGUGCUUCCUAUUUAGGUGUGCCUUCUGAUGCUGAUUCUUCUCCUGCCAGUAAUAAAAUCAGUGGUGCAAAUAAUUCUAAACCAAACCGCCCUUCUCUUGCCAAGAUUCUCCUAUCAUUAGAUGGAAAUCUGGCCAAACAACAGGCCUUAUCUCAUAUACUUACAGCCUUGCAAAUCAUGUAUGCCAGAGACGCCGUGGUUGGGGCCCUGAUGCCAGCUGGCAUGGUUGCCCCGGUGGAGUGUCCUUCCUUCUCCUCCUCGGCACCCCCUUCUGACGUAUCUGCCAUGGCCAGCCCCAUGAAUGGAGAGGAGUGUGUGCUGGCUGUUGAUAUUGAAGACAGAUUGAGUCCAAAUCCAUGGCAAGAAAAGAGAGGAGAGAUUAUCUCUUCUGAGGAUGCUGUGACCCCUUCUGCAGUGACCCCAUCUGCUUGCUCAGCUUCUUCUCGGCCGUUUAUACCAGUAACAGAUGACCCAGGAGCUGCCAGCAUCAUUGCAGAAACCAUGACCAAAACCAAAGAGGAUGUUGAAAGCCAGAAUAAAGCGUCAGGCGCAGAACUUCAGUCCUUGGAUGAGUUCACUAGUUUGCUGGUGGUGGACGACACACGUGUCAUGGUGGACCUGCUCAAGCUGUCUGUGUGUGGCCGGGCGGGCGACAAGGGCCGGGACGUGCUUUCAGCUGUGCUGUCUGGCAUGGGCACUGCCUACCCACAGGUGGCAGAUAUGUUGUUGGAGCUCUGCGUCACCGAGUUGGAGGAUGUGGCCACAGACUCACAGAGCGGCCGCCUGUCCUCGCAGCCUGUGGUGGUGGAGAGCAGCCAUCCCUACACCGACGACACGUCGUCCAGCGGCACAGUGAAGAUCCCAGGUGCAGAAGGACUCCGGGUGGAGUUUGACCGGCAGUGCUCCACCGAGAGGCGUCAUGACCCUCUCACAGUCAUGGACGGCGUCAGCAGGGUCGUCUCCGUGCGGUCAGGCCGGGAGUGGUCUGACUGGUCCAGCGAACUGCGCAUCCCAGGGGAUGAGUUGAAGUGGAAGUUCAUCAGUGAUGGGUCUGUGAAUGGGUGGGGCUGGCGCUUCACAGUCUACCCCAUCAUGCCAGCUGCAGGUCCCAAAGACCUUCUUUCUGAUCGCUGUGUCCUCUCGUGCCCAUCCAUGGACUUGGUAACUUGUUUGUUGGACUUCCGGCUCAACCUUGCCUCGAACAGAAGCAUCAUCCCCCGCCUCGCCGCGUCCCUGGCAGCUUGUGCACAGCUGAGUGCCUUGGCUGCCAGUCACAGAAUGUGGGCCCUUCAAAGACUGAGGAAGCUUCUUACAACUGAAUUUGGACAAUCAAUUAACAUAAACAGGCUACUUGGAGAUAAUGAUGGGGAAACAAGAGCUCUGAGUUUUUCAGGCAGUGCUCUUGCUGCUUUGGUGAAAGGCCUUCCAGAAGCUUUGCAAAGGCAGUUUGAAUAUGAAGAUCCUAUUGUGAGAGGUGGCAAGCAGCUACUGCACAGCCCAUUCUUUAAGGUACUAGUAGCUCUUGCUUGUGACCUGGAAUUAGACACGCUCCCUUGCUGUGCUGAAACACACAAGUGGGCUUGGUUCCGGAGAUACUGCAUGGCCUCCCGCGUUGCUGUGGCCCUGGACAAGAGAACGUCACUGCCCCGUCUGUUUCUCGACGAGGUGGCUAAGAAAAUUCGUGAGUUGAUGGCAGAUGGUGAGAACAUGGAUGUUCUCCAUGAGAGUCACAGCGUUUUCAGAAGAGAGCAAGACGAACAGCUUGUGCAGUGGAUGAACAGGCGACCAGAUGACUGGACUCUUUCUGCUGGUGGCAGUGGAACAAUUUAUGGAUGGGGUCAUAAUCAUAGAGGUCAGCUUGGGGGCAUUGAAGGUGCAAAAGUUAAAGUCCCUACGCCAUGUGAAGCCCUUGCAGCUCUCAGACCUGUGCAACUAAUUGGAGGAGAGCAGACGCUCUUUGCAGUGACAGCUGAUGGGAAGCUAUACGCCACUGGGUAUGGUGCGGGCGGCAGACUAGGAGUUGGAGGCACAGAAUCGGUGUCCACCCCCACAUUGCUUGAAUCCAUUCAGCAUGUGUUCAUUAAGAAAGUAGCUGUGAACUCAGGAGGAAAACACUGUCUUGCCCUCUCUUCAGAAGGAGAAGUUUACUCUUGGGGUGAAGCAGAAGAUGGGAAGCUGGGGCAUGGCAACCGAAGUCCGUGUGACCGUCCUCGUGUGAUUGAGUCUCUAAGAGGAACUGAGGUGGUUGAUGUUGCUGCCGGUGGAGCCCACAGCGCGUGUGUCACUGCGGCUGGCGACCUGUACACUUGGGGCAAAGGCCGGUAUGGCCGUCUGGGGCACAGUGACAGUGAGGACCAGUUAAAGCCGAAGCUGGUGGAGGCGCUGCAGGGCCACCGCGUGGUUGAUGUUGCCUGUGGCAGCGGGGACGCCCAGACCCUCUGCCUCACGGAUGACGACACUGUCUGGUCCUGGGGGGAUGGGGACUACGGCAAGCUGGGCAGAGGAGGCAGUGACGGCUGCAAGGUGCCCAUGAAGAUUGACUCUCUUACAGGCCUUGGAGUGGUUAAAGUGGAAUGUGGAUCCCAGUUUUCCGUCGCCCUUACCAAAUCUGGUGCUGUUUACACUUGGGGCAAAGGUGAUUAUCACAGGCUGGGGCAUGGAUCUGAUGACCAUGUCAGAAGACCUCGCCAAGUCCAAGGGCUGCAAGGGAAGAAGGUCAUUGCCAUUGCCACUGGCUCCCUGCACUGCGUGUGCUGCUCUGAAGACGGUGAAGUUUAUACGUGGGGUGACAAUGAUGAGGGACAAUUGGGAGAUGGAACAACAAAUGCCAUCCAGAGGCCUCGGCUGGUAGCUGCCCUUCAGGGUAAGAAGGUCAACCGUGUGGCCUGUGGCUCAGCACACACUCUGGCCUGGUCAACCAGCAAGCCCGCCAGCGCUGGAAAGCUGCCUGUGCAGGUUCCCAUGGAGUACAAUCAUUUACAGGAAAUCCCUAUCAUAGCCCUAAGGAACCGGCUGCUGCUACUGCAUCACAUCUCAGAGCUCUUUUGCCCCUGCAUCCCCAUGUUUGACCUUGAAGGCUCUCUCGAUGAAACUGGACUUGGGCCGUCUGUGGGGUUUGACACUCUUCGAGGAAUUCUGAUAUCCCAGGGAAAGGAAGCAGCUUUCCGGAAAGUAGUACAAGCCACCAUGGUGCGAGAUCGCCAGCACGGCCCCGUGGUGGAGCUGAACCGCAUCCAGGUCAAGCGUUCAAGAAGUAAAGGGGGCCUCGCAGGUCCUGAUGGAACCAAGUCUGUCUUUGGGCAGAUGUGCGCUAAGAUGAGCUCAUUCAGUCCUGACAGCCUCCUCCUCCCACACCGCGUCUGGAAGGUCAAGUUUGUGGGUGAAUCUGUGGAUGACUGUGGUGGUGGCUACAGUGAGUCCAUAGCUGAGAUCUGUGAGGAGCUGCAGAAUGGACUCACCCCGCUUCUGAUCGUAACCCCCAAUGGGAGGGACGAGUCGGGGGCCAACCGGGACUGCUACUUGUUGAGCCCAGCGGCCAGGGCGCCGGUGCACACCAGCAUGUUCCGGUUCUUGGGUGUGUUACUGGGUAUUGCCAUUCGGACUGGAAGUCCCUUGAGUCUGAACCUUGCUGAGCCUGUCUGGAAGCAGCUGGCUGGGAUGAGCCUCACCAUUGCAGACCUCAGUGAGGUCGAUAAAGAUUUUAUCCCUGGACUCAUGUACAUCCGUGAUAAUGAAGCCACCUCGGAGGAGUUUGAGGCCAUGAGCCUGCCCUUCACAGUGCCUAGUGCUAGCGGCCAGGACAUCCAGCUGAGCUCCAAGUACACACACAUCACUCUGGACAACCGCGCAGAGUACGUCCGGCUCGCAAUAAACUACAGACUCCAUGAGUUUGAUGAGCAGGUAGCUGCCGUUCGAGAGGGGAUGGCCCGAGUCGUGCCUGUCCCUCUUCUCUCUCUGUUCACCGGAUAUGAAUUGGAGACGAUGGUGUGUGGCAGCCCAGACAUCCCUCUGCAUCUUUUAAAGUCCGUGGCAACGUACAAGGGGGUGGAGCCCUCUGCACCCCUGAUCCAGUGGUUCUGGGAGGUGAUGGAGUCCUUCUCCAACACUGAGCGCUCCCUCUUCCUUCGCUUCGUGUGGGGCCGCACAAGGCUGCCCAGGACCAUCGCCGACUUCCGGGGCAGAGACUUCGUCAUCCAGGUGUUGGAUAAAUACAACCCACCUGACCAUUUCCUUCCUGAAUCCUACACAUGCUUCUUCUUGUUGAAGCUGCCCAGGUAUUCCUGUAAGCAGGUGCUGGAGGAGAAGCUGAAAUACGCCAUCCACUUUUGCAAGUCAAUAGACACAGAUGAUUACGCUCGCAUAGCCCUCACAGGAGAGCCGGCUGCAGAUGACAGCAGUGACGACUCGGAGAACGAGGAUGUGGAUUCAUUUGCCUCAGAUUCUACACAGGAUUAUUUAACAGGACACUGAGGUGGACAAAUGCUGUCUCCCACAAGACCACACAGACUGAAUGAGGCGGCAGAGUGCUGCAGUUCAGAGUUCAGGGCGUGCCAGGAGAUGGGUCAGUCCUCUAGUGUUUGGGAUAUUGAUUGGAGAGUUAGCCUUGCACUUGGAAACUUUGUUAAAAGGGUCUUCUAACCCACAGUGCUGCAUUACAUGUAGGACUUUGUGUUUACUAAAGUGUGUAAAGGUUUUAACAUGAAUACUGAAUUGCAGCAUACCCGAAAAUGAAUAAAAAGCCUUUUCCCUUGUGGGUGCAAUAGAUAUUUUCCCCUUCCUUUUUUUUUUUUCCCCUUCCUUUUAAAUGUUGUGCAUUGCCUUGAUUGUACAUUGGAAAUACUGUGUAACAAUGAAAUCGUAUUAUAAAUAUUUCAAUUAAUUUUACUUGGAAUUUGUUUAUUAAAAGUUUUUUGAACAUUAAAUGAUCAGUAUUACUUGAAUGCAUCCAGAAGUUAUUUAAGCCAAACCAAAACAAAAAGGCUAUCAGUUCCCCUCUCCUCCCCAGGUGCACAUUCUAGCAUUUGCGGUGUGUAACUUGAACCAAGUCCUUUCUGUGAACAGUAUCAUAACUUCUGUCAUGGACAGUGCUAUAUAUAAUGUUUGUGUCAUGUUUAUGCCUAAAUUUUAAUUCUCUAUAAAUAAAACAUUUGUCACAAAA